AUGCCACUAGUCCCUGCUUCCCGACGACUUUCGGACGAGAUCCUCUGGUACCUCUACACCUUCGUUCGUAGUUCAGACCCAGACCGAGGGCCAGUUAGCGUGUCCCAAGUAUCGCGUAGCUGGCGCCGUGCAGCGUUCGGCUCCUCCUUCCUCUGGUCGAAAGUCACCAUUCGUCUAUACACCUUCACCCAGCGCCACCACCCCGCUAGAGCCCGACUUGCCCGAUCGAAACUACGGGACCUCGACAUGACGAUCAUCGCGCUAAGAAAGUUCACCCCGGACGAAUUGAAGACGUUGGUCGAUGUGCAUCGUCACAGGAUUAGGACAUUGGCCGUGGAUACCUCAGCCUGGGUGGUUGCGGAAAUGUUGUGGCUGCAACUCAACCUUCGCUUUCCCCGCCUGGAGUUUUUCGAAGGGAAAGUUUCGUAUGAUUCGAAAGUGACUUUGCAACGAAUACCGAAUUUUCUUGAGCUCGCAGAGGACGAUGACGACACGCAACUCGCCUUGCAAUCCUCGCUUGUUCCAUUCGUCGAACCGCCAACAAUUAGACUUCGCCCGGAAGUUAACUGGUCGUCUUGGUCUCCUCGUAAUUUGACCACGCUCAAGUUUCUGACGACUGGAUUCGAUACACCACCUCUAUACCUCGACAUGCUUGCUAUGCUUGCAGGCACCAAGGAUACGUUGCGACACUUCGAAUACGAUGGCCCCCUCCCUUUCCUCCCAGAUGACCCGACCUUCGUCUACGACGACGUCCAACUUACAUUCCCCCAACUCGAAACCCUCAUGAUCGGUUAUGCCGACGACAUCGUGUGGCUCAUACUCUUCUUUGGAGCACCCGCUCUUAAAUCAUUAACCAUCCGUGACAUAACCACCUGCCCAGCCUCGCCCCAUUACAGGGAGUGGGACGUCAUUUCGCGCACCCUUCCUAAUCAAAUCGACAGCCUCUUCCUCGCCGUCUCCCAAUUCUUUCCCCGCGUCACCCAUCUAGGUCUGUACGGCAUCGGGAACCCGUCCGAGGCCGUCGUCAACAGCAUGUUCCAGGCUCUCACAAAACUUGAAUCGCUUGUGCUAUACGGCUGCGCGGACGUCUUUGCGAGAUCAUUCUUCUCGGGACACGCUGUGGAGGCAGACGUGCUCGCCAUGCAGGACGCGAACCCCUUCCUUCCGAAGCUCAAACGCUUGCUCACGACGGCUCUUCCUCCCAAACGUGCAGGUCCAUUCGUCCUGCAACGCGUCCAGGGCAGGCUGGAGAAUUUGUUGAUUUCUAGGGCUGCCUUCGAAGGGAUGAAGCAGGAGAGGGACGGGCUGUUGAUCCUUGAACAGAUGGCGGUUAAUGUUACGUCAAUCCCCAACCCUGUGCCGGGGGUUUGUGUCCCCAUCAGAGAGGAUGGAGUACUGCGUAACGGACGUAUGCACAACUUAUUGAAACCGCGUGUGCUACGUUUCAUUUAG